ACGGGGAAGGACAUCAGAGAGGAGCCUUGGAGCUCUGUGCUCCCUCAGAGCCUCCCGGAGGGAUGGAGCCGGGCUGGGGCUGGAACAGCUCCCACCAGAGCUCACCUGGGCACAGCCAGGGGCUGCUGAGCCCGGAGCCCAACCUGACCGCGCUGCACACCCGGGACGAGGAGCUGGCCAAGGCCGAGGUCGGCGUGCUGGGCACCAUCCUGGCCGUGGCCACCGUGGGCAACCUGGGCGUGCUGCUGGCCAUGUACCGGCUGAGGAGGAAGAUGAGCCGCAUGCACCUCUUCAUCCUGCACCUGGGGCUGACCGACCUGGGCGUGGCCCUGUUCCAGGUGCUGCCCCAGCUGCUCUGGAAGGUCACCUACCGCUUCCUGGGGCCCGACCCUCUCUGCAGGGCCGUCAAGUACCUGCAGGUGCUCAGCAUGUUCUCCUCCACCUACAUGCUGCUGGUGAUGACGCUGGACCGCUACCUGGCCGUGUGCCGCCCGCUGCAGUCGCUGCAGCAGCCCGGCCGCCAGGCGCACGCCAUGAUCGGGGCCAGCUGGCUGCUGAGCUGCCUGCUCAGCCUGCCCCAGCUCUUCAUCUUCUCGCUGCGGGAGGUGCGCCCGGGCUCGGGGGUGCUGGACUGCUGGGCGCACUUCGGGCAGCCCUGGGGGGCGCGCGCCUACGUUACCUGGACGGCGCUCUGCGUCUUCGUGCUGCCCGUGGGCGUGCUGGGCGUCUGCUACAGCCUCAUCUGCCACGAGAUCUGCAGGAACCUCCGCGGCAAGACGCGGGGCGGGGGAGCCGCGCCCCCCCCCCCCCCCCCCCCCCCCCCCCCCCCCCCCCCCCCCCCCCCCCGCGGCCGCCCCCGCGCCGCGUCGCGGGUCAGCAGCGUGCGCAGCAUCUCCCGCGCCAAGAUCCGCACCGUCAGGAUGACCUUCGUCAUCGUGGCCGCCUACGUGGCCUGCUGGGCGCCCUUCUUCAGCGUGCAGAUGUGGUCGGUGUGGGAUGAGGAUGCUCCUGGUGAGGACUCCACCAACGUGGCUUUCAGCAUCACCAUGCUGCUGGCCAGCCUCAGCAGCUGCUGCAACCCCUGGAUCUACCUGUUCUUCAGCGGGCACCUCCUGCAGGACUGGGGGCGCUGCCGGGGCUGCUGGGGCCGCCCCCGGGCCGGGCUGCGCAGACCCAACUCCACCGGGAGCCUGUGCAGCAGGAAAACCACCAUCCUGAGCCACAGCCAGCAGGCAGGGCUGCCCCUGCACGGGGACAGCGCCAGGGAGCUGGACCCGCCCUGCGACGACGGAGCGACAGAGUCGGGCACGCUCUAG